AUGGCUCUUUUGAUUCCUAUUCUUCUAGGAGUACUUGCAAUAAUUUUUGUAAUGUGUUCCAAAAGAAUAAAAUGGAUUUUGAAAGUGUUUGAGUUCAGUGACAAACUUCCUGGUCCAACAACACAGCCAUUUAUUGGGAAUAUUAGUUCAUUUGCCAAAAUGAGCAAAAUUGAAAUGCUGGACUACAUGAUAAAAACUGCAAAUGAGUUAAGAGACAGUGGAGAGAGUAUAAUGAGAUUCCAGUUUAUUGGAAAACUUCUCGUUUUUCCUUUGGAUGGAAAAUCCGCACAAACGUUACUUCAAUCAACAACAGAGCUGGAUAAAGGAGACGAUUAUGAAUUUGCAAGGGCAUGGCUUGGGAGGAGUGUCCUUCUGGAUGGGUAUGGAGAAAGAUGGAAAAGCCAUAGAAGACUUGUCACUCCAACAUUCCAUUUUGCAAAACUGGAAGGAUACCUGGGAGUGUUCAAUAGAGAGACAAAGGUGAUGGUUGAACUUCUGGAUGAGUUUGCAAAAUCUGGAGAGACAGUUGAUUUGUUCCAUUACAUCAAACGUUGCACAUUAGAUAUCAUUUGUGGGACAGCAAUGGGAACCACUAUCGAUGCACAGCACAAUCCAACCCAUUCGUAUGUGUUGGCAGUAGAAAGAUUCAAUAAACUAUCGGUUGAUCAUUCGAUGAAAGCCCAUCUACAGAUUCCUUUCCUCUUCUGGUUGUUGGGUUAUCAGAAAAAGAAAGAUGAUUAUGUUUACACAAUGAAAAAGUUUACAAGAGAUGUAACUGCUGGAAGAAUGACAGAUGAUCCGAACGGAGAUGUAGAUUCUGAAGGCAUCAAGAAGCUGGACUAUACGGAAAGAGUAUUGAAGGAAUCUAAGAGACGGAUUGCACCAGUUCCUACUUUACAACGAAAGCUGAGAGAGGAUAUGGAGAUUGCUGGGCUUCGUAACUGUGUUGGGCAGAAGUUUGCUCAACUUAACGAAAAAGUUUUGCUGAUUCACAUGUUGAGAAACUAUCGUAUCGAACCGAUGCUAGAUUUUAAUGGCACUCAGCCGAGUUUGGAGAUUAUUUCAAGACCAUCAAACGGAAUUCCUGUGAUGUUGACUAGACGGUAG